AUGAACAGCAAACCUUAUGAUCCGACGGAAACUGUUGAAAUAAAUAGUACAGGGAUGUACUAUCUUUACUUCAUGUUCUGUAAUCCAGAGCUUAAGGGUACCUUGAUUCAGGGGAGGACUGUGUGGAAGAAUCCUAAUGGUUAUUUACCUGGAAAGAUGACUCCCCUGAUGUCAUUUUAUGGUUUCAUGUCUUUGGCUUAUCUUGUACUAGGAGCGAUCUGGUUCCUAAGGUUUGUUCAAUUCUGGAAGGAUGUUAUUCAACUGCACUACCACAUCACAGCAGUUAUUGCGCUUGGAAUGUGUGAAAUGGCUAUAUGGUAUUAUGAAUAUGCUAAUUUUAAUUCAACUGGGACAAGGCCGAUGGGUGUAACAUUGUGGGCAGUCACCUUUAGCACUGUGAAGAAGACUUUAUCUCGUCUACUCCUUCUGGUUGUCUCCAUGGGCUUUGGUGUAGUGAAACCAACACUUGGUGGCAUACAAUCAAAAGUGCUUUUUCUUGGUCUGGCAUAUUUUAUUGCAUCAGAGUCACUUGAGCUUGUUGAACAUCUGGGAAAUAUCAAUGAUUUGUCGAAGAAAACAGAGUUGUUUUUUGUGCUUCCUGUUGCCUUCCUAGAUUCAUGCUUUAUUGUUUGGAUUUUCUCAUCUCUAUCAAAAACUUUAGAGAAGCUUCAGACAGCCGUCGUCCCCUUACAUUCCUCCGGAGACCAGCAACUUCCCCCAUGGCCACCCCCACCCUCUUGCCGCCACAUUCCACCUCAACAAAGCCGAUUUCGAACGCUUUAUCUCCAAGUCUAUUUUUUCCGGGAAGAGAAAAAUGGUGCAGAGAAAAAUGGUGAGAGCAGUGAAAGAGAGAAGAUAGAUGGAAUUGUUAAAUAUUUACAGAGAAAAAUGGUGGGAGCAGUGAAAGAGAGAAGAAAAAUGGUGAGAAUUCUAAGAAAAAAGAAAUACAGUGAGGCUAGGAUCAAAUCACGUAUGAAAUGUAAUAUUUUACCGUUUAAUGACAUUAAAUGUAAAGAAAAAGUUAGCACAGCUGAAAGAAUUGAGCAGCCUUAG